CCGAAAUCGAUUUGUAUUGUGCUUCAAUCAACUCUUGUUUACCGCUUACCUUCAGCUUCAUAGCAAGAGUGUUUCUACGUUGUGUCAAUUUCUACGAAAGCAGGGUACCUCGCAUCGCAUCGCUUCGAAUUUGGAAUUAUGGGCGACAGAUCGAGAGAUAGAACGGCUAGAGUGUACGUCGGAGGACUUACUGAAUCCAUUAAAAAGGAGGAUCUGGAAGGUGAAUUUGAAAAAUAUGGGAAACUUAAUUCUGUUUGGGUAGCUUUUAACCCACCGGGUUUUGCUUUCAUCGAAUUUAACAGUCUCACUGAUGCAGAAACUGCUUGUGACAAUUUGAAUGGCACUGAAUUUUUGGGUGCUAAAUUGAGAGUGGAAAUAGCUAGAGGACGACCACGUCGUGGAGGUCCCAGAGGCGGUGGUGGAGGUUUCAGAGGAAGCCGAGGCGGUAGGAGAGGUUUCGAUAGUUAUGGAGGAGGUAGAAGAGACGGAGGUAGUCGAGGCGAUAGAUUUGGAGGAAGGAGUUAUGAUAGACGAAGAGAUUCAUUUUCGAGGAAUGGAUAUGGUAGCAGCGGCGGUGGAGGAGGCGGUUCCAGAGGAGGUAGAGGAGGCGGGAGAUUUAAUAGCGAUAGAUUCAGAUCCAGGUCACCCAAUUCUGGACCUCCAAGGCGUAGGGAUUAGGAUUUUAGUUUGUAAUAUGUAGGUAUUGUAGAAAUGUAAGUUCAUUAGUAAUCUCUUCUUUUUAUCAUGAAAUUUUCACAGUUUCUUUAUCGUAAAGUUUUUCUUGAGUUACUUAAAUCUCGAAAUUAACAGGGAAUCCAACUGAUAAUAAAAUACUUUUAAAUUUAGAACUCAAUAAACAAAAUUAUGAUUUGUGAUGUUUUUAUUAGACUAACAUGAAUUUUUAAAAUCAUCAUGGGGGGAUUUAAGAUUUCAAUAGGAAAAUAAUCAAUUUUUUAGUAUGGUUAUGGUUCCUAAACAGUUUUUUUUAAAAGAAAUUCUUAUUAAAGAGCAAAAUAUUUAUUUUUCUGUUGAGAUCAUAAUUUUGAUAAUUAUUAGGUCAUAAAAAAUCGAAAAAUUUAUACUCAAUCAUUUUACGUUAAUUUCAUUUAUUUUUUGUUGUCGCCUUUAAAUUAAAAAUGAGUUUGAAAACCAAAUUAAAACUUGAGAUUGUGGACUGACGAUUUAUAGUGAAUUGCUAGUGGAUGGGGGCGUCCCUCUUAGGUUGAGGAACUUCCUUUAUUUUUUUAAUUAGAAGAUAAAGUUUCAGGUUAUGUAGACUGAAAAUAAUAAAUUAUAUAACCCAACAUUGAGUAGCAUUGGAUCUUAUUGGUCAAAAAAGUUUAUUUUCCAAUUUUUUCAUUUUUAUUCAUUUCAAAAUGAAAAAAAAAAUACCAAUUUUUCGAUUUUUUAUGACUCAGUUUCUAAAUAAUACCCUAAAUUCACAAACUUCUAAUGAAAAUAAAUAUUUUGCAACCUGAUUUCUAAAAAUACUGAAAAUUUAAAAAUAAAUUUCACGUUUUUCAUAUUUGACUUUUUAUCUGUUGAUCUGUCACUAAUGGACUGCAUUAGUUUUAAGUUUAUUAUAAGUUCAUUGAAAUUCAUCAAAAAAAAAUUAUUUUUGAGUUGUAAAAUACAUAAAUCAUAGACUUUUUUGUUUUUAAGUUUUUACGAUGUAUGCCACAAUUAACUUAAUAUUUAAGACAUUUCUUUGCAUUGUGGUAUAAACAUUUGAAUAUUGAUUUGUAUAUUUUAUAUGUAUCAUCUUGUUGUUUCUGACAAGUGGAAUAAUACUUAAUGUACCUACAAUAAAAUUGUAAAAAGCCUUUUAGAGUUUCGAUUAUCCACAUUUCACAUCUUGUCCUUCAUUUCCAACCACCAAUAAGCUUUAAAGAGUGAAUAUACAAAUAAGAUUUUGUUACCAAAAGAAAAGUACAAUUUCUUUUCUCCAUUCAGUUUCCACCUGACUUCACCAUGUGUGACUAACUACACCAGUUAUUUUGGUUUUAGGUCUUUAUUCAUUAUUACUAAGUUAUAAUAAAAAAAUCUUUUCAAUUAUAAAUAAAACCAAAACUAACUGGAGAAACACUCUACCUUCUUCCUUUUGUUUACAUAGUUUCUACAUAAAAUAACCAAAGAAUUAAAUCCCAUAUCAUGACAGACAUUGUGGCCAUGAGAGUGGACGCCAUGUUAAAUCCAAACUCUGCUGAUUCAUUAUUUGGUUUAUUCAUAAUAACGCUUAUAAAAUCAUAAUUAUUUUCGAAAAGUUUUCAAGGGCUCAAUAGUAUUUUUAACUAUAAAAAAUAUAUUUUUACACAUUUCAUUGUUGAAUAAUAUUUGGAAUUCAGUGUGUUUUAAUGCCUUACCUUACUCAAAAUAAUAAAUUUUUCACUUCACUGUUGUACCAAAAUAUUGGAAUUUUUCAAAUUAAUUCUCUUAAAAACAGUAGUAAUCAUAUAUGUUGUAACAUAUAGAUAAAUUUUAUUUAUUUACUUAAAUUAUUGUUUGUUUUGAUAAUAUACUCAUUAAAUUCUUUAAGAGUCAA